GUGGUACCGUCCGCCCAUUAAGUAGAACCGACAGUAGCCUACAUGAUAACUGAUAAGCAUCUCUGUACUGCGUUUAUAAACGUGAACACCUCGCACAGUUUCUGAUAUAUUUUGUCUUGAAUUAAGCUUGUCUUGAAAGCUUCAAGGUCUCUACAGUGUGGAUUGUGUACCUGACCGUUCUUUUGUAAGCAUCUGUACAAUAACGUCUGAUCUAAAACAGGAAAAAUUGUCAAAAAAUGCAGAAAAGAAGAAAGCCAGAGCCUAUUCAGCUCAACCCGAUUCCUGAUGGAAACACUAUUAAUGGAACCGGUGCCACAGAGACAAAUUUAGAGGCCCUGCAGAAAAAGCUAGAAGAAUUAGAGUUGGACGAACAGCAGCGCAAACGCCUGGAGGCCUUCCUCACACAGAAACAGAAAGUUGGGGAGCUGAAAGAUGACGACUUUGAGAAGAUCUGUGAGCUGGGCGCUGGCAACGGAGGGGUGGUCUUCAAAGUCUCCCAUAGGCCGUCAGGACUCAUCAUGGCCAGGAAGCUGAUCCACCUGGAGAUCAAGCCAGCCAUCAGGAACCAGAUCAUCCGAGAGCUGCAGGUGCUUCAUGAGUGUAACUCCCCCUACAUAGUGGGCUUCUACGGGGCCUUCUACAGCGACGGAGAGAUCAGCAUCUGCAUGGAACACAUGGAUGGGGGCUCCCUGGAUCAGUCUCUGAAGAAAGCAGGCAAUAUUCCAGAACAGAUCCUUGGUAAAGUCAGCAUAGCUGUCAUUAAAGGCCUUGCUUAUCUAAGAGAGAAACACAAGAUAAUGCACAGAGAUGUCAAGCCCUCGAACAUCCUAGUGAACUCCCGCGGAGAGAUCAAGCUGUGUGACUUUGGUGUGAGCGGCCAGCUCAUAGACUCCAUGGCCAACUCCUUUGUGGGCACUCGCUCCUAUAUGUCUGUGAGUUCCCUCUGCUUUACUAUCACUCGCUCCUAUAUGUCUGUGAGUUCCCUCUGCUUUACUAUCACUCGCUCCUAUAUGUCUGUGAGUUCCCUCUGCUUUACUAUCACUCGCUCCUAUAUGUCUGUGAGUUCCCUCUGCUUUACUAUCACUCGCUCCUAUAUGUCUGUGAGUUCCCUCUGCUUUACUAUCACUCGCUCCUAUAUGUCUGUGAGUUCCCUCUGCUUUACUAUCACUCGCUCCUAUAUGUCUGUGAGUUCCCUCUGCUUUACUAUCACUCGCUCCUAUAUGUCUGUGAGUUCCCUCUGCUUUACUAUCACUCGCUCCUAUAUGUCUCCAGAGCGUUUGCAGGGCACCCACUAUUCGGUUCAGUCAGACAUCUGGAGCAUGGGCCUGUCGCUGGUGGAGAUGGCCAUCGGACGCUUCCCCAUCCCACCCCCUGAUGCCAGGGAGCUCCAACUGAUCUUCAGCUCCCCCAUCGAGGGGGACACUUCCUCAGCAGAGGCCUCUCCACAGCCCCGGCCCCCAGGAAGACCAGGCAGCUCAUACGGACCUGACAGCAGACCUCCCAUGGCUAUUUUUGAGCUGCUGGAUUACAUUGUCAAUGAGCCUCCCCCAAAGCUCCCUGGCUUUUUUGGGUCAGAAUUUCAAGACUUUGUGAAUAAAUGUUUGAUCAAGAACCCAGCUGAAAGAGCUGACCUGAAACAGUUAACGGUUCAUACUUUCAUAAAGCAAUCAGAGGCCGAAGAGGUGGACUUUGCAGGCUGGCUGUGUAGCACCAUUGGUCUUAAUCAGCCAGUAACCCCCACGCACAGUAUAGGACUGUGAGGAUGCAGUAGUAUCUGUUCUGUUCUCUGCCAGCACAUGCUUCACUGCCUCAUCAAACCCCCAAGUACUUAACCAAUAACAGUUAAACAUGGGAGCCAGCUAAUGUGUUUUGUGUGAAAGCAGUGGUUCUCAAACCAUUAGUCCCCACUCUGAAAACAGGCCAUUUCAACAGCAAUAUUGUUUUGGGCAUUUAUGCCCCCUCUUGAUGAGGCCCCCCCCCCCCAGCUUGAGACCCACAGACAAUGUGAAAUCUUUGCUCAGUAAGAGCAGCAUCUACAGUAUCAUAACGUUCCUGCCAUUCUCAUUUCCCCUUCUCACAGGGCUGUGGUUAUAAUAUCUGUAAUAUUUAAAUUAUUUCCUAAGUAACCGCCAACUGUAUUGCUGACACAUUCUUCUUGCCUUCUAGCUUCACCCCAUUCUAGAUCAAAUAAAUGUUUGUGAUA